CUUGCAAGGAAUUUGCAAUGAACAGUUGGCUUUUUCCAUCUCUGUUUACAAAAUAUACAAAAUGCUCCACAAAACCAUGGAUCUGAAAAUUCUCUUUCUUCUGCUAGCUGGUAUGUUUUCUGCUAUUUUUUUACGCUUUCUUUUGUGCAAGGACUUUCUGACGGCUACCCCAAAGGGAGAGGGGGAAAAAUGAAGGGAGGAAAAACUAACCAGGUGUUAGCUUGUACGGUAGGCAACUUACUGUCAAUGUUACACUGAGAUGUUGACUUUUCGAGUAGGCUUUGGCCUUACUAAACCAUUGGAUGGGAUUCUAAGAAGACCUGUUACAAAGAGGAGGGCUGAAGGUGAGGAAACAUUCUUUGAUGUUAAACAGCCUGCAAUGCUCAAUUAAAAAAAAUAAAAAGAUUAGAAGAGGAAACGAGGCUAUGCGAAAACACGGGUAGUCACAAUUGUGGCCUAAAUAACAAAUUCAUAUCUGACAAGGAAAGAGGUCAUAAGUAAACAAAGCAGGCUGGAAUUUUUGAUAGUGUUCUAUAAUAUUCAGUUUUGGAUAGUGCCCUGUUGCACACUUUCAGGGAAUUUUGUAAGGUGUGUGUGCAAGAGCACAAAACCAAACAUUACCAUCUCUAUCAUGUUUCAUAUGAUUCUUGUUUAUAUAUUACAGCUGAUUCCUGUUUAUAUAAUUUUGAUAAUUUUGAUGAUAAUUUUGAUGAUGAUGUUUUGCCCAAGCAUUAAUGUAAAACAUCAGAACUUUUUCUUUUAUUUCUAAAAAGCUUUCUAAAUAACUAAAGCAUUUUAUAAAUAUUAAAAAGCCUUAGGGAAGGCUUUUCCCUAAGGCCAAAAUUUGGAUAGGUUCUUAAAACGACGUUAGAAGCACAAGAAGAGCAAAGUAGGUUCACUGCUCAUUUCUGAAGCUGAGAAGCUUGCAAGCAUGGUGUGAAUUUUGCUCUGUGGCAUUUGCAACGUUAGAGGAAGAAAUAUGAAUUGGCCUCCAGGGGCCCAACAACAUCAUAUGUAGCCAAUUUUGUGGCGGAGUUGAACGGAUUCUGCUGUGCAGUUACAUUAUAGAAUGGUUAGAAUCAUAGGAGUAUAGCAUCUAGAUCAAGGGAAGUAAUAGUGCCACUGUAUUCUGCUCUGGUCAGACCUCACCUGGAGUACUGUGUCCAGUUCUGGGCACCACAGUUCAAGAAGGACACUGACAAACUGGAACGUGUCCAGAGGAGGGCAACCAAAAUGGUCAAAGGCCUGGAAACGAUGCCUUAUGAGGAACGGCUAAGGGAGCUGGGCAUGUUUAGCCUGGAGAAGAGGAGGUUAAGGGGUGAUAUGAUAGCCAUGUUCAAAUAUAUAAAAGGAUGUCACAUAGAGGAGGGAGAAAGGUUGUUUUCUGCUGCUCCAGAGAAGCGGACACGGAGCAAUGGAUCCAAACUACAAGAAAGAAGAUUCCACCUAACCAUUAGGAAGAACUUCCUGACAGUAAGAGCUGUUCGACAGUGGAAUUUGCUGCCAAGGAGUGUGGUGGAGUCUCCUUCUUUGGAGGUCUUUAAGCAGAGGCUUGACAACCAUAUGUCAGGAGUGCUCUGAUGGUGUUUCCUGCUUGGCAGGGGGUUGGACUCGAUGGCCCUUGUGGUCUCUUCCAACUCUAUGAUUCUAUGAUUCUAUAUAAUUGUAGAAUUGGAAGGGACCCUAAAGGUAAAGGGACCCCUGACCGUUAGGUCCAGUCACGGACGACUCUGGGGUUGUGGCACUCAUCUCGCUUUAUUAGCCGAGGGAGCCGGUGUACAGCUUCUGGGUCAUGUGGCCAGCAUGACUAAGCCGCUUCUGGCGAACCACAGCAGCGUACGGAAACGCCGUUUACCUUCCCACCAGAGUGGUACCUAUUUAUCUAGUUCCACUUUGACAUGCUUUCGAACUACAGUGGUACCUCGGGUUAAGUACUUAAUUCGUUCUGGAGGUCCAUUCUUAACCUGAAACUGUUCUUAACCUGAAGCACCAGUUCAGCUAAUGGGGCCUCCUGCUGCUGCCGUGCUGCCAGAGCAUGUUUCUGUUCUCAUCCUGAAGCAAAGUUCUUAACCUGAAGCACUAUUUCUGGGUUAGCGGAGUCUGUAACCUGAAGCGUAUGUAACCUGAAGCGUAUGUAACCUGAGGUACCACUGUACUAGGUUGGCAGGAGCAGGGACCAAGCAGCGGGAGCUCACCCCAUCGUGGGGAUUAGAACUGCCAAGCUUCUGAUCGGCAAGCCCUAGGCUCUGUGGGUCAUGUAUUCCAACCCCCUGUAAUGCAGGAAUCUCAGCUAAAGCAUCCGUGACAGAUGGUCAUCCAACCUGUUCUUAAAAACCUCCAAUGAAGGAGAGCCCACCACCUUCUGCUGUGAACAGCUCUUACCGCCAGAAAGUUCUUCCUGAUGUUUGGUCAGAAUCUCCUUUCUUGUAACUUGAAGCUAUUGGUUCCAGUCUUACCAACCGGAGCAGGAGAAAACAAGCUUGCUCCAUCCUCCAUGUGACAGCCCUUGAAGAUGGCUGUCCUAUUUUCUCUCAGUCUUCUCUUAUCCAGGCUAAACAUACCCACUCCCUCAACCGUUUCUCAUAAAGCUUGGGUUCCAGGCCCUUCAUCAUCUUGGUCGCCCUCCUCUGCACACAUUCCAGCAUGGCAAUAUCCUGCUUAAAUUGUGGUGCCCAGAACUGGAUGCAGGACUCCAGGUGGGGUGCAUUGGUUUGCUGUACUGCUUCUUUAACUUGAAGACCUGAGCAGAAAAGGAGGGCAAGCACAGGCGCCUCUGAUGUGGUAAUUGUUGGAAAGGAGAAGUUGCAGCAUUCAGAGCAAAGGGUAGGAGAAAGGCUCGAGUGGUAGGCAAUUCCAAACAUUUAUUUUAUUGAAAAUUUCCAGUGGACAGAUAAAGUGAAAGAAUUUGAACAAGAAAGGAAAAGUAAGAGGUUUGUAUCGAUACAUGAAAGUUGGGUUUUCUGAGCUUGGAAGUAGGGUGACAACAGAAGCUUGACAGGAAAAGUAUUGAGGCAGGGUGUUUUGAUCAUUAUCUUAUGUCCUCUUAAAAUGGUGGUUAGGUAAAGGUAAAGGUACCCCUGACCAUUAGGUCCAGUCAUGGCUGACUCUGGGGUUGCGAUGCUCAUCUCGCUUUAUUGGCCGAGGGAGCCGGCGUACAGCUUCCGGGUCAUGUGGCCAGCAUGACUAAGCCGCUUCUGGCAAACCAGAGCAGCACACGGAAACGCCGUUUACCUUCCCGUCAGAGCAGUAACUAUUUAUCUACUUGCACUUUGACGUGUUUUGAACUGCUAGGUUGGCAGGAGUAGGGACCAAGCAACAGGAGCUCACCCCGUCACGGGGAUUCAAACCACCGACCUUCUGAUUGGCAAGUCCUAGGCUCUGUGGUUUAACCCACAGCACCACCCAUGACCCAAAAAUGCUGGUUAUUCCACAGUAAUUGCCCAAGGUGGAAACAGCCUUAACUAGACAGCCAGUCUGAAAGCACCCAAAGAACACCCCACCCCACCCACCCAGUCUAAGAACACCAGCUCUGAAUUUUCUGAAAAUUUGACCAUAAUGCUUAUGCCUGUUUUUUCUUUUUUUUCCAUGAUUUGAGAGCUCACAAAAACUGAUCAAGACAAGACAAUCUAUACCACAUCUGCUGUAGAAAAGACUAGCAUUGCUUCAGCAGAUUCCUACUUGUACAAUCGCUUGGCUGUGCCUUUUGAAAGUACCACCUCGUUACUGAUGAAACUUAUUAUUAUUAUUAUUAUUAUUAUUAUUAUUAUUAAAACCUCACUCUUUCCAUUGUGCUGUUUCAGGCUCUUGGGUGGCUUCCAGCCUUCUUCCCUCUCCACUUAUUUUUCUGGAUGUGCUUUCCGAGACACUCAACGAAGGAGACUCCAUUAAGAUUGCUUGUUUGGCACCCAGGCAGUACAAGGAUGCCCUGUUUUAUUUGUUCAAGGUGAGCCAUGGGGAGCCGCUGCAGGUUGUGCAUGCCGCAGAAGCACAGCACCAAGUUAUUUUCCUUCUGGAGAACAUCACUCGCAGUGAUGGAGGGCAGUACAAGUGCCAGUUUGGCGUCUACAAUGGAAGUGCAUUGAAACCGUCUGAGUUUAGCAACCUCCUUGAGAUUACAGUGGAAGGUGAGUGCUACCAAAGCUUGAUGAGCUCAUUUUGGGGGAUUGGUCGCACCCGCCUUGCUUGCAAGCCAUGACCAGCAUCAUACCCCAUAGUAGAGGCUACGCCAGAGCUUUCCAAACUGUGUGUCGUGACAUGUUAGUGUGUCGGCUGCAGUGUUUAGGUGUGUUGUGUGAACGCUCCCUGUGCUCCUCCCGGGGCUAGAAAGGGGUUAGUUUAACCUCCGGUUUGUCAGGAAAAUGGAAUGGUGCAUGUCUAAAAAGUGUCAUCGGCAUGAAAAGGUUGGAAAGCCCUGGUCUACAUAGUAUGGUGAGAGUCUUGACUUUUGGAUUCUAGUGCAGAGGUUCCCAAAUUUCCCCCCCUCUGGGUCACACUUUCAAAAUAAAAAUUUGCUCGCGCCACAACAAACAUAUAUAUGAAUGAAAUACACUUGGGGGGGGGGACAAUUCCUAGCAAUUCUUGAUUUAUAACACAGAACACAACUAAAAUAAUUAAAAAUAUGUUCCAGUGGUGUCCAAACGUUUUUCAAAGAGGGCCAGAUUUGAUGAAGUGAAGGGCCGUGAGGGCCGACCAAAGUUGUGCUUUUAGGAUUGAAGUUGUUGAGGUUUUCUUUGGAUUUUACCCCAGGAAAUAAACUGCGAUAGGCCGGAUUAAACCGACCAGCCCCUGAAACAGCCUUUGGACAUGCCUGGUUACCAGUGGUGUAGCGUGGGUUGUCAGCACCCGGGGCAAGGCAAGUAAUUUGCGCCUCCUAGAGUGAGUGAGCCAGGUAGGGGCAGAAAGCUGCGAGUGCGAGCGCGCCCCCCCAGAUGUUGCGCCUGGUGCGGCCAGCCCCCCCUGCACCCCCCACGCUACGCCACUGCUGGUUACUAUACUGCACUGAAAUGUUAAAAUGCUUCUUUGAUUAUCCUGGAAUCUUUCCCACCACACUUGCCAUCCUCUUCUGCCACAUCAGUGUUGUGUGCCACAACCUUGGAGAACCAUUGCUAUAGGGAAAAGGUUGGGAAUAUGUUCACAGAAUCACAGACUCAUGGAGUUGGAAGGGACCAUAAGUGUCAUCUAGUCCAACCCCCUGCAAUGCAGGAAUCUUUUACUCAUGGUCUCAAAACCAUGACCCAGAGAUUAAGAUUCUCAUGCUCUACCAACUGAGCUAUACCUUAGUAGGGAUAUCCCUUGCUCUGGCAGGGUUUUCACAAUAUUGGUCAGGGCCUGCAAUUAGCACCUGACAAACUUGGAAAGCUGUUGGAGCACUAAAAGGGACCACCACUGAUUCAUUUCCUAAGCCCUCCUCUUAAAAACAAACAAACCCUGGCCUGGUAUUCUUAGAAGUGCUGGGCAGUCUAGAUAGUAUGCAGAGGAUCAUGAUAUCUCUCCCUGGAAGGUGAUGGGACAGAAAGGAAACAUAAACAAGCUGUAAAGAAAGAUUAAAUUGAUCUAUGAAACCCAGUGAGCUUUGUGGCUGAAUGGGUCCUAGAUCAACACUUGAACCAUUGCGCCACAACAGUGUAUGUAUAAAUUUCGUAUAAAUUUUAAUUGGUAGUGCAGGUCCAGGGUGGAGUGACUUUGGGGAUGGGCAGGAAAACACAACCUGGAGACAUUCUGUCAAGCUCUGCCCACUGGUGUGACUCACGAGCAGUGGAAUAGCAAUCAAUACCCAUGUCAGGAAUGUGGCUCACCAGAGCGCAGGGGAAGAGUCAGGCUGAGAAACUGAGCUAAGUGAGAGAGAGAGACAGACUCUGCAGAUGAGAGCUGUCUGACAGAGCUGAGAAGGGGCAGUUCGACCCCGCCCCUUCCUGAAGAAGACACUGUUAGCUCUCAAGAAGCGGGAGAGUUAGGAGGCAGCCAGAGUGUUGCUAGGCAAUCAGCAGAUAAGCAGAGGACUGAGACUGUGUCAAGUGAAAGUGGGGAGGGGGAAGGCCAGCCUCUCAGUCCCUGUUCUAGGAGACUGGAUAAGAUCAGAAGACAACAGAAGGGCGAGAGGGGAAGGGCGGGAGUUUGGCAUCCUUCCUGCUGUGGGAGGGGCAAAGAUUCAGACUGACCAACUAUCGUCAAUGUGAGCAGGCGAGAAGCCAUGCUCUUGAUGUGUUUUUUUGUAAAUAAACAUACAUAAAACUGCCAGAGACUCAUUACUUCUUAUCAGGGCUUGCUUGCCUGCCUGAGAUCAUUGCAAUCCAUGACUGAAAAAAAGCCAGAAUAUGUAGAAGCUGAUGUACCAAAUGUGCCCACAGAAAAACUGGAUCUUUUAAUUAUCUGGAAGCACCCUUUUUUUGUUCCUGGAGACCAUGUUUGGCUCUUGUAAGGGUGGGGAGAUGACUGAUUUUAGCAAACCACUUUUUAUUUUACAUUUAUACAUUCCUUUCAAAAAGGAAAAACUGCCCGGUCAUCUCUUCUUUUUCUUUUUUGUUUCAGCAUCCAGCUUGACCACUUUCCCUCCAACAGCUCAGCCAAGAUCUGAUUCAAAAGGUAGGCGCUAAAGGGAAGAUGAGCAGUGAGUGUUUGGGAAACGUGUCAGAGGGCCGUUGGGGAAAUGUUUGGGGAAAGAUGCACGGAAGUGCAGCCGAAAGGCCUUUUGGAGCCUACCUGGGGCAGGACACUGCUCCACACUCCAGAAAAAUAGAUUUGUAUUUUCUUGCUUUGUUCUCUUGCAUUAACUGUAGCUGACUUGCUGCCUCCAUUUCCAGGUCCAUUCUGGGUUCUCCCCGUUGUCCUGAGUGUAGUUGGAGUACUGCUUCUGGCUGUGAUCCUGCUGGUGGCCGCGAUUGCAUUGAGACGCUGUAUGUGGAAUUCAGAAAAUGAAUAUGUCUAAUCUUCCUGUUUAAGGGCACUGGCCAAUAAGGAUGAUGCCUAGCCUAGGUUGGAGACCUCUAAGACUUUCUUACAGACCCUGUUUCACUUUGUGGCCUUUUGGUAUAUUACUUGACGACAAAGAUUUUGCCAAAACAGUCCCUAACCGUGAGUGCACGAUACGCGACAGUGAUGGGAAACUGGAUGAGGGGUUAGACUGCUAGACAAGCUUUAGCUGUAAAAUAUCUGAAAGAUUUAUAGUCUCUCUGCUCUGAAAGGUAAUUACUUUCUUAAAUGGAGAAUCCAGAUGACAUCAUUAUCAGCCCAUUACAGACCAAUGUUUUUCUUUAGUAAUAAUAUACAAUAUGAGCAGGAACAGCACUAUUAUGGCUUUCUAGGGCUACUGUGUCUUUAAUUAGAAGUUUCCUCCUUGUAACCUCUGUAAUUAGUUCCUUCCCAUUCACUGUGAGAUUGGCCUUGAAUUAAUCAGUUACCGUACUGUUUUUAUGCAGAGAGGCAGAAUAUUUUAAUUACUGGUUUCCUCUUUGCAGCCAAAGAAAUAACUCAUUUUUUAAAAAACACUGUUUCAUCUAAUUGCGACUGUGUGUUUAAAAAGAAAAUGAAUAUUAGUAUCAUCCUCCUCAUCCCUUGCUUCCUGUAACAUCUCUCCUGAUUAAAAGCUUGCCACCAGAUUGUGACAUUUUGGUUGGUCCUAAUAAAGAUAUCAUCCAACUAUAGAUUUCUGAGGUUUUCUUCUUAUGGACCAACACUGCUACCUUGUCUGUGCAUGUGUGUAGAAUAUGUGAAUACUUAUUUUUGCAUCUUUUUUUCUUUAUUGUGUAUUUUCCCCAUAUUUGUUUCAAUUAAAAACAAAUUUCAAUUUAAAAAAACUUUAGCUGCAGAGAGGAGACCAGUAAUUAGCCCCCACUCCAGCAGCGAACAGGAACUGACUAAGGAACAAUUUAGCUGAACGGGGCUAUUAUAGGGACAGAAGACGCAAAGAGGAAGCUUCUAGUUAAAGGGGAAACUGAAGAGGACCUUUGCUGAAUGGGACUUACUUCUGAGUAAAUAUUAUAGCAGUGUUCUGGCCAUGGGCCUGAGCAUUACUAUAUAAUAGAGUUCUAUUAUUAAUUGCCAUGUAGAAACACCAUUUUCAAUCCACUUCCAGCUGAUUAUGGAAAGCAAUGCCUCAGAAAUGCUAAAGGGUCCUAUAGCAUAGCAGGAAGCACUAGGUACAGUUUCUUACUAGCAGUGGUGUGCGGUCGGUGAACGUGGCAGACUAGGCCAGUCCCACAAAUGUUCCUGGUAAGUUAGAGUAUUUAAGUCUUAAAGUCUGGUGCCUCCCUCCCGAAGCCUGGGAAGCGUCUACUUUGCUUAGGGAGCGAGGCAUGAUGCUCCAGACAGGGUCCAAGAGCCCUCCUGCCACCUUCCCACAGCCUGAUUUUGGGAAGGAGGCAGGAGGUCUUUAGCAUCCUGUCAGAGGCAUGGCUCCUCCUUCCCAAAGCCCAGAAAGAUGCUCACGUGCGUGACAUUUCUCCACCCCACCCCCAUUGCCCUUGCAAGCUGGUGCCUGAGGCCCUAUCUGUUCUCCUAUGAAAAAUUGCACUGUCUGAGCAGUUUCACCUUAGUAUUCACAUUGCUGACACAGUUCCGGUUCAUAGCUGUCAACCUUUCAAUUUUUUUAAGGGAAAUUCCCUUAUUCCGAAUAGGAUUCCUCGCAAGAAAAGGGAAAAGUUGACAGCUACGUAUCUGCUUAGUUAAUCCUUGUCAAGGUAAAAAUGCCUUGCCAUUUCCACAUCUGGCCAGUGUGUGAAGUGGAUUGCCAAAGCGUGUGCCGAUGGCAGCGAAGCAUGGCUGCUGCACACAUCAACAACCCCUCUCGUUGGGUGCAUGCACUUGAAACUCCCGGAUCUCUGUUGGGAAUAAGCCCUAGAGCUGGCUAUGAAGGGGCCCGCAAGGACAGAGCAAUGUAUGCCCAGGUAUCUGCAGGGCGGUAAGAGAAGCCAUUGUUGUGCAUGGGGGUAAAAGGCAGGAAAUUUAUAACUCCUAGAGGGUCACAAGCUGCGUGACGUAUGCCAUAAGCAUCUCCACCCCCACCGUCCAGCCCGGACACUGAGGUCCAGCUCCGAGGGCCUUCUGACGGUUCCCUCACUGCAAGAAGCGGAGCUACAGGGAACUAGGCAGAGGGCCUUUGGGGUGGUUGCACCCACUCUGUGGAAUGCCCUCUCAAACAGGUAAACAGCUAGGUGAUUUUUAAAAAAACAUCUGAAGGCAGCCCUGUUCCGGUGAAGUUUUUAUUGUGCUUUUGCUAUUUUCAGUUUGGAGCUGCCCAAAGUGUCUGGGGCAUAUAAAGUUGUUGUUGUUGUUGCUGUUGCUGCUGCUGCUGUUGUUGUUGUUAAAUUUGCAGCCCUCAACUGGACACAAGCAGUAGGGACUUUGUACCCUCAGAGUGCCUAAUAAUGUCAGGACUGCAUUUCCUUUUCUGAUGCUUCCCUCUUGUUUCUUCCCAUUUUACUAGUUAAAGAGAGAAGAAAGAAGCAAAGGUGAGAGGAGCUCACCCCCCAUUUAUGCAGUUUCAAAAAACUCUGGUCGAGGUGAAACAUUUCGGAUGUGUCCUGAAAGUCGGGGGGAGCAGAGGGGCAGACCUGUGCCAGGCUGGGGUAGGGAAUUAUUGGGGCAGAGGCAGAGAGUAGCUUUUUCCCUUGUGGAUGUUUCUCCUGAGGGGCUUGCUUGAAGAAAGUUUUCCCCAGCUAAGGGGUGACUAUCAAAGAAUUGUAGAGUUGGAAGGGACCCUGAGGAUCAUCUAGUCCAGCCCCCUGCAAUGCAGGAAUAUGCAGCUGUCCAGGGAUUGAACCUGCAACCUUGGCAUUAUCAGCACCACGCUCUAACCAACUGAGCUAUCCAGGCACAAUAGAAAAGCAACACUAUAACAAAGGGGUUAUAUUAAAUGCUUGUCCUAGAAAGUGUGAAUGGCGAACAAGCAGCCUUGCUUAUAGCGAUCACCACACUACAUGCAGCAGAGGGCAGAUUUUGCUCUAGUUGAAAUCCACUUGUCUAUACAACAGACCCAGGAAAUAGGGUCUUGUCCUUGUGCCUGAAAGGAUAAAUCAAACCUGAUAAAUUAGCCUGGUGGGAAACUAAUGUAGGCAGUAGCUCUCAGCAGAUUUCUUUGGGAGAGCUAACAAGUACUGCAGAAUUGCAAAAUAUUCCCGUUAGUUAUAUAUAUUUUUAUUUGCUUAGGGUACUGGACUCCUGCUGGACAGAAACAAGCUACCCCACCACAGGUAUGUUAAAUGUAAGUGCCAAGGACAUGUGACUGCACAUUUUCCGUGGCUGCUUCUGUUUGCAUUUGUGUAUCAGAGGCAGGUGAAGUAUCAGCCGAAAGAGAUCAGUGGUCACCAAUACCACCUGAAUGCUGAGCUUGGGACAAGACCCAGCAAUGGGGUCAAGGGUAUCGGUUGUGCUCUUAUUCCUGAGCAUGGCUAUGCAACUUUAUAUUCAUUGGCACGCAAAAGAGAGGAACCCAUUCACUUCGCAUCACAACCCAGAUUUUGCAAGUGAUGGUUUGCUUAUCAUUGGCAACGUAUUAUUUACAUCAGGAACUGAAGAAAUACAGGUGAAAAAUGAGUCUGGCCCAGUUAAAAGCAGACAAAGCCAAGAACAGAGAAGGAAAGGACCACUGCUCAUGUUGGUGGCCCAAUGCCCAGAAAAAAGAAAGCUUUGCCUUAGCAAAACAAGUUCUCUCCAGCCCAAAACCAUACUCUACAAACAGGGGGAGAUGCAGGCAUAUUACAUACUAUGUUCCAUUCCUAUUCUUGGCAUCUCUAGACUACUGUAGGGACGCGGGUGGCGCUGUGGGUUAAACCACAGAGCCUAGGACUUGCCGAUCAGAUGGUCGGCGAUUUGAAUCCCUGCAACGGGGUGAGCUCCCGUUGCUCGGUCCCAGCUCCUGCCAACCUAGCAGUUCAAAAGCACGUCAAAGUACAAGUAGAUAAAUAGGUACUGCUCCGGCGGGAAGGUAAACGGCGUUUCCAUGCGCUGCUCUGGUUCGCGGGAAGCGGCUUAGUCAUGCUGGCCACAUGACCCGGAAGCUGUAUGCCGGCUCCCUCGGCCAAUAAAGCGAGAUGAGCGCCACAACCCCAGUGUCGGUCACAACUGGACCUAAUGGUCAGGGGUCCCUUUACCUUUAGACUACUGUAAGAGAAACCUUGUUCCUAUGUUAUGUUGCUGUGCUGACAGUGGAAAGGUCCAGAGAGAAGGGAGGGACAGAAAGUAAAGUGGCAGAAUAACUUUUUAAUUCAUUUGUAUUGAAUGCUUUCCACCCCCUUUCCUUUUUUUAUCACUGAAAGAACAAACAAGAUUACACCCAUCAGUUCCCUGAAAAAGAAUUAGAGUUGGUGUUGAUAAUCUUACCACUACAUGUCAUAACUUCCUUGAUUCUGUGUGAUCCCACAUGAUCAAUGAAAAGAAGAUAUUACAAGUGCUGUUUGGUUGCUUUUAGAUGUUAAGACAUUUGUGUAACUAAAAUUUAUUCAGUUAUCAAGUAACCUUGUUCACGCUGCUUCUUCCGCAGAGACAUCCUUUGAUAACUCCAUGUACACUAUUACAAUGGUAAGUUGUUAACAUGGGAACCAGAAGUUGGAAUCUAGCUGCUUUUAGGAAUUGAGACCAGAGAGUUCUGUGGGCUAUUAUAAAGCAGUCUCCCCAUGGCUAGGAAUAACCCUAAGGCAGUCACAAAAAGAGCUGGGUAGCAAGGAUAUAUAUUAUGGCAUCCAACGUAGAGAGAGAAAUUUAAUGGUGAUUUGGCUGUUAUGUAGAGCUCAUUCCCAUGGUUUAGCUCUCCACAUUCUAGUAUUUUUUGUCUCCUUAAUUUAUCUCCAUCUUGGCAUUUUUAUCUCGCAAGAAAACGGACCAGGAAACUAUAGAGAACAAUGGUGCUUGGAUCUCGUCAGCUACAAGUACAAGACUUUCAUCCCGCUGCUCUGUGGAAAAGCCAGAUUUUUGUACUUUUAGAGGAUCAGAAUGA